CCUAGUUGUCUUCGUCCGUGGGUCACCAAACCCUAAACAUCAAAGUCCUGAUCCUGCUUCACUCAUUCAAAACCCUACUCGGAGCCCUGUCUGAUUGUUAUUUCGUCAACUUUGCGGGAAAUCCAGGUUAGCCAUGGAUGCUCAGCGAGCUUUGCUUGACGAACUCAUGGGUGCCGCUCGUAACUUGACGGAGGAAGAGAAAAAGGGGUACAAGGAAGUUACUUGGGACGAUAAGGAAGUCUGUGGAUUCUACAUGGUUCGAUUUUGCCCUCACGAUCUUUUCGUCAAUACCCGCAGUGAUCUGGGUCCUUGUCCUAGAAUACAUGACCCAAAAUUGAAAGAAAGUUUUGAGAAAUCCCCAAGACACGAUGCAUUUGUGCCCAAGUUUGAAGCUGAACUUGCUCAGUUCUGUGAGAAAUUGGUAAUGGACUUGGAUAGAAGAGUAAGACGUGGGCGAGAACGUCUUGCUCAGGAGGUGGAACCAGCACCACCACCUCCACUGACAAUUGAAAAGUCUGAGCAGCUAUCUGUCCUGGAAGAGAAAAUAAAGAACCUUCUGGAACAAGUUGAAUCUCUUGGAGAAUCUGGGAAGGUUGAUGAAGCAGAAGCUCUGAUGAGAAAGGUGGAAACACUUAAUGCUGAGAAGACAGCCUUAACUCAACAACCUCAAAAUGAUAAGGUGAUGAUGCUUGCUCAGGAGAAGAAGAUGGCACUUUGUGAUAUAUGUGGUUCUUUUCUUGUAGCAAAUGAUGCUGCAGAGAGGACCCAGUCUCAUGUCACAGGGAAGCAACAUGUUGGUUAUGGCAUGGUUCGUGACUUUAUAAAUGAGUAUAAGGCUGCUAAGGAGAAGGCAAAGGAGGAAGAAAGAUUAGCUCGAGAGAAAGAAUUAGAAGAGCGGAUGAAGCAAAGAGAGAAGGAGUAUGAUAGGAGGCGGCAUACUGAUUCAAGAGAUACAGACAGGCAUCGAGAUAAAGAUAGGGAUAGGGAGAGGGAUAGAUAUAGAGGAAGAGAUUCAGAUCGUGAAAGGUCACGGGAGUGGAAUGGUAGAGUUUAUCGAGAUGGAGGGAGAGACACAGAUUCUAGGUCAAGGAAUGGAAGAGAUGGAAGUAGAGACAAGUACCAUGACCGGAGCAGAUCACGCUCUCCUGCUAGGCAUAGCUACAAACGCUCUUCUUGAAGUCCAGUUCACUCAAAUUAAUGGGAUUUCUUGAUAGAUAUCUGAAUUUGAAUUUCAAAUGAGGUAGAUCUUAAUAUCCCAAGACUUAUAUAAAUAUGUGGUUUUGGAGUCUAGUUUUCUCGUAAUCAGGGGUGAAUUUUUUUCCCAUCUCAGAGCUUUGUUGAGACAAUACAAUCUCCCUUUCGUCAAAAUUAUUUAUGGAGAAAAGGGUUGAGGUAGGUAAAUCCCUAUUGUACUCUUACAAUCUAUUUUGCGCUUUAAUUUGAGUUUUCAUGAUUUAUCUGAAGGAUUGUGUAAUAUCUCUUUGCUCUCGCAUUUUCUGGAGAUGCUUCGAUUUCAUAACGCAUCUUGCAUAUUUAAGAUGUCAGCUGAAUUACAUGCAUGAUUGCCAUUGCUGCUGAGGAUGGUUUUCUCUUUUUCUGAGGUAACAAGUGAACUUUAUACCAUAAGAGGAAUAGAUUAAUGUUUAUGCUAGAAAUUUGUUUCUUUUUCCGUUUUUCUUUUGUGUCCUUGUUCUUACUUAAGGUGAUAUAGAUUAACAGAAAGGUUCGUAAAUGCUGCCUAUUCUGGCUUGCAUUUGAAAUUGAUAUACAUUCCGUAGGUACCCGUUAUAGGUAAAUUUACUGCAUCUAUCUAGUUGUCUACCUCUCUCAGAAAACCAUGCUAGUAAUAUAUAUGGUGUUAUCGGGAUAAAUGGAUAACUCUUUCCUCCCUUCACUGCCUAUGUCUUUCUAAAUAUGGGUCUGUCGAUGGGCGAAGAUUACUAUAUUAUGUCUACGCAUGAAUAGGCCAUUGUUUUGACCUGUUUGUUCAAAAUCUGAAUUAUAACUAUAGUGUAUAUCUCAUCCAAAUUAAUGAAGUGAUCUACUGGGUGCUUUCAGUUAAAGAUAAACAAAUAGAGGCCGGUAAUUACAGGUAUUUAACUGUUUUGCUGGGUGGCUCGAGGGGAAAGGUUGUCAUUUGCAUGAAAAUUAAUCAGUGUACUGAGAUGCAGGGUAUCUUCUUUUACGAACAAACAUCAAAACUGUAAAUGUGGUGCCUGGAGGUAACUGGUUUUCUCAUCUGUAUGAUAAUGCAUAAUUUCGUUGACAGGAACGCCAUUGGUGGUUAGAUUGUUUCUGUUAGUGACGUGCGGGAAAAUUUAACUUAGAACAUUCUGCUUUUGGGAAGAAACAAGGUGGAGGGAAAAGUAACCUCAUUCUUUAAGUUUUGGAUAAUGUGUAUUCCUGUUGUGAAACUGUCAGAGUCGUGAUAAACAAACAUAUUUUGCUAUUUCUUAUAGCAAGAUUGUGAAUGUUGACUAGAUAGAGCAAUGUUGGAGCACUGAGUGAUUCUGGGAUGCACAACUUUGCCUGACUGGGGUUUCUUUAUUUUUUUGUUGAUUUAUCAGAACAUUUGAUACAAUUGUUGGCCUGGAAUAGCAAUUCCAUUUUUAUAGGCUUUGUAUUAACUGAAGCAAAUGGAUACUUAAAAUACAA